GCGCUUUGUUUAGUGUAUGGCAAAGAGUGCAGUGAGGAUCUAGAAGGUACAUCGCUGCCCCAGUCAUUUACUUUAAACCAACAAGGGUUAUUUUGAUAAAAUCUCGACAUGUUUUUGCUGGACUCCGAUUCACAGCUGGACUGUUUGAGUAACCUGCUCGAGGCCGGAUGUGCUGUCAACUCAACCGGUGAUGCUUCGGGACAGUCUCCUGCACAUUUGGCCGCGUGCGGGGGGCAAGCGUUCUGCUUGCUGUGGCUUUUGCAGACAGGAGCUGAUGCUAACCAGCAGGAUUGUUCCGGAGAGACGCCCACUCAUAAAGCCGCGAGGGCAGGAAGUCGCGAAUGCAUCAGCGUCCUGAUUGCCAACGAUGCACAACUAGAAAUUUGUAACAAUGAUGGCAAGACAGCGGAAGACUUGGCCUGGUCGUGCGGGUACCAGGAAUGUGGCAAAUUCCUCAGCACUCUCAGGAUGAACAGGCACUUGAAGCGCGAUUCCCUGGAGAUGGCCAGGGCAAGCGGAGCAGUGGUGGGACGGAAGCGGAGCUGUGAUUUCGGGGUGACCCCGGACGGGAAGAGAACGUGCGACUGGUGAUGUCAGAGUGGAUGAAUAGUACCAAGCACACGCUUCACUCACAUGCAGCAGUGGUACUGCUUUAAGAGAGGUGCUCUGUGCAGACUGGUGGAUUGAAAUCCCACAUCCUCUCAAAGUUCACAUCAGCAGGGUUUCUUCCGUGUUCUGCACUAAAACUGUCCAUCAACAUGUGUUUAUGAAACUAGGUGAUUACUCACAGCGAUCAGUGGGGAUAAGUGGCCCUAGUCCUGUACUCCCCUAAUCCCAACCUGUGUGUGAGGAAAAUAAUCCAUGUUUAGCACUCUGGUGGCAGACUCCCAACACCACAGGAGAAAAGACUCAGAUUCAGUUCAUUCACCCCCCUCCCCCCCUCCCCCCCACAAGGGGGCGCACCUGCAAUAAUCUCCCUGUGGUUGGUGGAGUUUGAAAGAUGCACAGUGAGUGAGAGAAGCUCUCUUUCCCAUAGCCUCAGCCAAGUACAAGAAGGUUCAAUCUUCCCACAAAACCCUUAAGACUUCAAUACAGGGGGGGCUAUGCUGAAAUGCCACUGGCUAGAGAUUCACCACUGAAGCCAAUGAGAGUCAGUGCUGUACAGGGAUUUUACAGCUGGUCAUGAUCAGCCUGGCUGUGCGUAAAUACAAGGUCUCCAGCUAAGGGGACUAAUAAGACUCUUAUUCUAGCUGCUGGCUGGUGACGUCACCCUCUGUAGUGGACGUUAUGCUGCCCAUAUUUCUGAAGUUCUCUAUGCAGACACAAGCAUAGACCUACAGUGUGUGCAAUGUGGAAAGCUUUCUUGUGUAUCUUCUGUGAAGAUAAUUUUGUGAGAAAGACCUUGCUUCAGACUAGUCUGUGUCCAUGUGGAACUUAAUGAGCCCAAGCUAAUUGCAUAGAUCCACACAAUUCAGAGUUUAUGGUUUUAGAAUGCCAAGCCAUAUAUAUUAACAUUAUCCUUGGAAAACAAAAUUAUUUAAAAUAGCAACACAUGGCAGAGCCUGUCUGGGACAUUAUACAACAUUGUGCAUAUUGUGAAAAUGAGUAUGCAUACAAGUUACACACCUGUUAAAUAUUUGAAAUAAAAUGUUACACAUUUUUAUAA